AGCCGGGUAUAAUACGUGAUUGUUUUCCAUAGGUUGUACUGCAAAAAUAGCUAGCAGAUUCCCCUACAGACAUGAUAUUGGUGGAUUGGUCUAAUUCAAUGUACUAACAACAAUCCAAUCUUGAUCUUUGUUAAUUGGGGAAUCGUAUUUGCCAGCGUCUAAGUUUCGAGUAAUAUGGCACAAUAUUUUAACGUUGUGACCAAUGCCAGUGGUACUUUCACAUUAGAAGAAGUACCAGGAAUCUGUACAGACGAGCAACGAAUUCAGUUAGUUGUUGGAGACGUUAAUAAUAGCAGUAAUGGUUCACAACGGCUUGUGACUUACGCUACUGCACAAAACAGGCAGGCAAUAUUCUCCCCGCAAACUAUUAAUUUAGGGAAUCAGAUAUCUGCAGCGCGAUUGGAACAAGGACGAAAUGUUUUUAUAAUCAAAACAAAUGAUAUAACUGGAGCCCAGGACAUUUUACCAAGUGCGGUAAAUGCACAUAUUGUUAAUAAAAAUAUUGUGAGCAUUGAAAGUGAUACAGGUGUUAAAGCACAAUGUAAAAAUGAAGGGCAACAAAUGCAGCUUAUGAAAAUACAAAACGCCAAUACUAUAGUAACAAAGCAAAGUACGUUGUUACAAGAAAGAAAUCAGACUGCCAUUUUUACUAGAAGUAAUAUACAAAAUAACAUCACAUCAGGAUCGCCUCUUUAUGUAAAUUCUGGAUCAUUCAAUCCAGGUCAGACGGAAAGAAGAAUAUUUAAAUCAUGCCCCAAUAAAAAUCGACAGGUGACAAACAACAUAGUAGGCAUAGUGUCUCCAAGUACUCCAGAUGUAAUAAACGUAGUGACAAUGGAAAAUCGAAUUCAAAACUCUAAUGCGACGACUCCUAAAUCUACACUAUCCGUUUGUAAGACUAUCAAUUCGCAGAGACAGAAUGUGACUGUACGUCCUGUUCGUACUUCUAAUCCAAAUAUGUCUCAAGUGCGAUCUGUAUCAGUAGUUUCUCCUGACAUUUCUAAAACACCAACAAAAGCGCAGCCUCCGGAUAUGGAGCAUUUAAAUGAGCAAAUUAAGCAAGCCAAAUUCAAACAAUUAAACGUACAGAAACAGCAUAUUGAGAAGUCAAGGUUUCAGCAAAAUAACACGCAACGACAACACUCUAACACUUUGCAACCUGUUCAACCCCCGUUGAACACUCCUAUACGUCGUAUCGUAAAUUCUGCGCCACAAAGAACGCAGCAGAUUCCGAUGCCGCCACAACAAGUACAGAAACCACCUAUGGCAACGUCAACCCCUUCGUCAGCUGAACAUAAUACGCGCGAUGGUAUGGACAGUAUGGAAGUGGAUUCUAUUGAACAUGCUGUGGAGAAAGGGCAUGUAACGCAACAAUCUUCUCCGCCGCGAUUGGAGCAUGAGAACAGUGCAAGUGAAAGCAUUGCUUAUCUCCAAAAAACUAUUAGCGACCCAGCAAACGCCAUAGUUCAGCAUCAGAUUCAAGGAAAUACCGCUAAAAUGUUAGUGAUGUUAGCCACGGGAGAACAGAGACUAAUUACGUUCGACAUACCGAACGAGGACUGCACUGUACACGACCUAUUGGACCAGGUACGUGCAGUCUUGGGCAAGGUAUGUUUCUACAAAGAUUUGUAGAAAAAAUUGUAGAAUGGUGGACAAAUUGUUGUGUAGUUGGGAGAAUUUCAGAGAAGUUUGUAAGAUAUUUUCAAAUAUUAGGGAUAUCUACCUCAACGUCAACGCUUAUUCAAAUUUAUAAACUU